GAAACACCUGAGGAUAAAUCAAGAGGGGGCGGGGUUACAAAAACUGAUGACAGGGUGGGGUUAGGGCGGAGACAGGACCAAAACACAACAGUAAGUACAUGGCUGGGAAACACAUGACAGGUAAACAGAGGGCAGGAGCACACAGGACCAAAUGAGAGAGAAACACAAGACAGACAUGGGCUAAACUGUGACAGCCAGAGUUAGACUUGAUAUGGAGUGUUAGUGAGGAGGGAAUGGUUUAGUACAGGCUAUUAUCCCCAUCUAGUGGCUGGAAAGGAUUGACCAUUGGCAGUAAGCACAGGUGUUGCUACAUGGAGGGCGUGGCCAGAACAGGAAGAGGCAAGUUUUACCCAUUUCUUCAAGUCUGCUGACUGCCACCACUCCUUUCUUUUUUGGUUAUUUCCUGUUUUAUCUGAGUAAUCCUUAUUUUCAUUUAAGAUCUGAUUUUCUAAGCAAUGUGUUCAUUAUUUACCAUAAAUCUUUUUAUGGACAGUAUUUUACUGUGGAUUACUUUGACAUUGAGAGUAGGAUAUUCUUGCCGAGCCACCACAGUGUUUUCAGUAGGAGAGGAAAACCUUCUUCCAUCAAGCUUAACAUGAAUCAACCAAGGACAUCCUCCAGUUCGACUCCUUCCCAUUCACCAGGGUUUUAUAUUAGGAGGCAGUUCUGCUGUGUGAUCUGACCAGGUCCGUCAUGGGGGAUUCAGCAGAAGGUCCAGAAGAGUUUGGUUCCCAGUCUGGAGUAAUCUCCCACCGCUCCUCCAUUAUGGCUCAGAAUGAUGGGGUGGCUAACGUUCCCCAGAUGAUUGGCUGUAAUGUUCGGCGUCUCCACAUGAAUUUUAGGCUGUCGGCAAAUCCUAAACAGCAGGCUUCACAUGCUUACCCUGAUAUUGAGAGCAUCGGAGAGGAACUUAAGUCAAACUUCAAAAGAAAAUAUGAGAUGAUCUUUGAAGGAAUCGCUAAGAGAGGAAAACCUGCUUUAUUACGGAACAUCUACACAGAACUCAUUGUCAUGGAUGGAGAAAGUGGAGGACUAAAUGUAGAACAUGAAUUUCAGCAGAUUAAAAAUGUAAAGACUUUUCUUAAAGAGGACUUGCCAAUCAGCUGCAAUGACCUCUUUACACCCUUGAACUUUCAAGGUCUUGAAGAAGAUGUGGACAAAAUAAAGACUGAAGGAAAAAUGGAAAAAACUAAACCCAGAACUGUGGUGACUCUAGGAAUCGCUGGCAUUGGAAAAACAGUCUCUGUGCAGAAGUUCAUUCUUGACUGGGCUGAGGGAAAAGCCAACCAGGACAUCGAUCUUCUGCUGGUGCUACCUUUCCUUAAGUUGAACUCAAUCAAAGAUGAGAAACGGAGUCUUCAUGAGCUUCUGCUCUAUUUUCACUCUGAACUCAAAGAUUUUGAGAAUUCUAAAUAUUAUGACUGUAGAAUUCUGUUCAUUUUUGAUGGACUGGAUGAAAGCCAGCUUCCGUUACGUUUUGGACGUAAUGGAAGAGUCUCAGACGUCUCCAAAUCAGCAUCAUUGGAUGAGCUGAUGACGAACCUCAUUGAUGGGAAUCUGCUUCCCUCUGCUUUGAUCUGGAUAACUUCUCGACCGGCUGCAAUCGACAAGAUUCCUCCACACCUCAUCCAUCGCAUGACGGAGGUACGAGGGUUCACAGAUACUCAGAAGGAGGAGUACUUCAGGAAGAGAUUCACCAAUCAAAGCUUGGCCAGUAGAAUCAUCUCCCAUGUGAAAGAAUCCAGGAGCCUUGAGAUCAUGUGCCAUAUUCCCGUCUUCUGCUGGAUCACAGCUACAGUCCUGGAACAAAUGCUGAAAGGAGGCCAUAAAGAAAUCCCUUCAUCUCUUACCGAGCUCUACACUCGAUUCCUACUCAUCCAAACAAGCGAGAAAAAGAAGAAAUACCUCGGGAUAAGAGAAAACGAUCCUCUGAAUCUGUCACAAGAAGAUGUUCAGCUUAUCCUUCAACUGGGGAAGUUGGCCUUCAGUGGUCUACAAAUGAGAAACAUUGUGUUUUCAGAAGAUGAUCUAAAACAGUACAACAUUAACGUCACUGAAGCCUCUCUGAGGUCAGGAUUGUUCACUGAGAUUGUCAGAGGGGAGGAUCCGAUGUUCUCUGAAAAGAUCUACAGCUUUGUGCACUUGAGCUUUCAAGAGUAUCUAGCGGCUUUCUAUGCUUUCCACACAUUCGCAAACAAACGAGAGAAUGCUAUGGAAUGCUGGGUAAAUAAAUCUACUACAGCAAAGUUAUUAAAUUCUUUAAUUCUCAGCUCUCUAUGGGAGAUUUCUCACCACCAGAUGUCCCUAUAUGACCUGCACAAAUAUGCCAUUGAUGAAGCUUUGAAGAGUAACAGUGGGCAUUUAGAUCUUUUCUGUAUUUAG